AUGCGAGAAUUGAGUGGACUAAUGUUGAGAGUGCCUUCAAAAAUAAGAAUUCAGACUGAUAUUGAAGAAAGUGAACUAUGCGGAUCGGGAUGGACAUUAAACGAAAUUUUGAAUCUCGAAAUUCAUAUUAAUGAUUAUGUGCCUUUAAAAGGAGGUAAUUCAUCAUAUAUAUCUAUGCCAAAAUGGAUUUUGAAUACGCGCGCUGUAGUGAAUAUAAAAAAUAAUGAUAAUAAAUGUUUUAUCUGGUCUGUCCUCGCUGCAAUCCAUAAAUUGCCUGAUAAUAAUGGUAGAGUGAAUAGCUAUUAUAGAUAUGAAAAAGAUCUCAUUGUUGAUGGUAUUGAUUUUCCUAUGAGUUGGAAAUCAAUUAAACUUUUUGAAAAAAUUAAUCGUUUAAGAAUCAAUGUUUAUGGAAUAGAAGUUGAUGAUGAUGAUGACGAUGUUGAAGAUCUUCCGAAUAUUAAUGGAAAACGUGUCAAUAUAUCUGAUGAAUUAUAUAAUCAUGCAAGCAAUGUAUGGGAAAAAUUCAAUAUUCAAACAUUAGGUGAAUAUUCUGAUUUAUAUUUACGUUCUGAUGUAAUAUUACUUGCAGAUAUAUUUGAGAAUUUUCGUGAAACUUGUCUUCAAGCAUACAAAUUAGAUGCUCUCCAUUAUUAUACAGCUCCGGGAUUGAGUUUUGAUGCUAUGUUAAAAAUGACGAAAUCUGAACUUGAAUUGUUAACUGAUCCUGAUAUGGUUUUAUUUAUUGAAAAAGGUAUACGUGGUGGAUUAUCACAAUGCUCAAAUAGAUAUGGAAAAGCCAAUAACAGAUUUAUGGAGGAAUAUGAUUCAUCCAAACCAGAGUCUUAUUUAAUGUAUUUCGAUGUCAACAAUUUAUAUGGUGGGGCGAUGUCACAAAUGUUACCAACUCAUGAUUUUAAAUGGGAUAAUGAUUUUGAUGAAACACUGAUAACUUCAAUUUCAAAUGAAUCAAAUGUAGGUUACAUAUUUGAAGUUGAUUUAGAAUAUCCAUCAUAUCUGCAUGAACAACAUAAAGAUUUACCAUUAGCUCCAGUUCAUGAAAAACCUCCAUUACCUACUAGUAAAUGUAAAAAAUUAUUAGCUACGUUAAAUCCGAAACAAAAAUAUGUUGUUCAUUAUCAAAGUUUGAAACAAUACUUAUCUUUAGGUAUGAAAUUAAUAAAAAUCCAUAGAGCUUUGAGAUUUAAACAAAGUGCUUGGUUGAAACCAUACAUAAAUUUGAAUACUGAAUUACGUCAACAAGCUAAGAAUGAAUUCGAAAAAUCAUUUUUCAAAUUAAUGAAUAAUGCAAUCUAUGGAAAAACAAUGGAAUGUGGAAGAAAUCUUAGAGAAAUUAAAUUGGUUAGCAAAUAUGAGGGACGAUGGGGAGCUCGAAGUCUUAUUUCAAAACCAAAUUUUGCUUCAUCAAAAAUAAUUGAUGAUUUGAAAAAAUUUAAUGAAAAUGCAAAAUAUCUUUACGGUGAGACAGAUUCAUGUAUUUAUCAAUUUACCAUACCUAAUAUUUAUGAUCAUAUUAAAGAAGAUAUUCAUAAGUUUGAUACAUCUGAUUAUAAAGUAGAUAAUCAGUAUGGUAUACCUUUAGCGAAUAAGAAAGUCGUUGGAUUAAUGAAAGAUGAAAAUAAUGGUAAUAUAAUGACUGAAUUUAUAGGAUUAAGGAGUAAGCUGUAUAGUUAUAAAGUAAUAAUAGAAUUAGAAACAAGAGAUAAAACUCAUUCUAGAGCAAAAGGUGUUAAAAGAUCAGCAAUGAAAAAAAUUAUAUUUGAUGAUUAUAAAAGAUGUCUUCAGAAUGAAAUAGAAAUAUUUCGAAAGCAAAAUUUGUUACGCUCUCAUAAUCAUAAUGUUAGAACAAUAACUAUAAAAAAAAAAGCUUUAAGUUGGCAAGAUGAUAAGCGUAACUUACAAAGAGGAAGUACUGAUACAUUACCAUGGGGGUAUAUUCCACUAAUUAACUUGUAA